UAGAGAGAAAAAAAGCCUUUUAAAUAUGAGAGAACCCCCUGUAAGUUGUUAUGUACACUUUCUUUAGAACAUUCUCACGGUCCACGCUUUUGCUGAGGCAGUGUUGUAAAAUUCAGUUCAACAGAAAGAAAGGCUACAGCUUUUGGUCUUAUCUUAUCUGAUCGAUCGAGCAAACUCACCAUCACCAUUCAAUUAUUUGAUCAAGAACUAUCACAGCACAAUUCUUUGGAACUCAUAAUUCAUGCCAAACUACAGUUAAUUGGUGACAAGUUCUAGAGCUGCCAAAAGCUCUUAUUCCCAAGGAUGUUGCCAAGGUAUGAUCCAAAUGACAAUGAAGCUGGCAUGAAGCUUUUGGAAGACCUGACCACAAAUGCGCACCAAGUGCAACAACAGGUAUUAGAGAAGAUACUAACUCAAAAUGUUCACACAGAAUAUCUUAGGAGCUUUCUCAAUGGCCAUUCCAAUAAGAAACUUUUCAAGGAGAAAGUUCCUGUUGUGAAUUAUGAAGAUAUCAAACCUUACAUCGAGCGGAUUGCCAAUGGAGAGCCAUCAGAGAUCAUUUCAGCUCAACCCAUCACCGAGCUCCUCACAAGCUCAGGAACUUCAGGUGGGCAGCCAAAAAUGAUGCCUUCAACUGCUGAAGACUUGGACAGAAAAACAUUCUUCUACAAUAUCCUUAUGCCUGUGAUGAACAAGUAUGUGGAUGGGUUGGAUCAAGGAAAAGCAAUGUACCUUCUGUUUAUCAAACCAGAAAUUAUUGCUCCUUCUGGUUUAAUGGCAAGCCCUGUCCUAACAAGCUAUUACAAGAGCAAUAAUUUCAGAAACCGCCCUUUCAAUCGGUUCAAUGUGUACACGAGCCCAGACGAGGCUAUCCUGUGUCCAGACAACAAACAGAGCAUGUACUGCCAAUUACUUUGUGGUUUAGUACAGAGGGACGAGGUUCUAAGGGUUGGUGCUGUUUUUGCUUCCGCUUUCCUGCGGGCUAUCAAAUGCUUAGAGGAUUACUGGAGAGAGCUGUGUUCUAAUAUUAGAACCGGUCAUGUCAGUGACUGGAUCACCAACCCCAGUUGUAGAAACGCUGUAUCUUUAAUCCUUAGCAAACCCAAUUCAGAUUUGGCUGAUUUGAUCGAGCAAGAGUGUGGCAGGAAAUCAUGGGAAGGUAUAAUAAAAAGGGUUUGGCCUAGAACCAAGUACAUUGAAGUCAUUGUAACAGGGUCUAUGGCCCAAUACAUCCCGACGCUUGAAUUUUACAGCGGUGGACUCCCUUUAGUGUCAACUAUGUAUGCUUCUUCUGAAUGCUACCUUGGUAUCAAUUUCAAACCGCUCAGCAAGCCAUCUGAUGUGUCUUACACACUUCUCCCUAACAUGGCUUACUUUGAGUUCCUACAUGUGGAGAAAAACCAUGAACAGGUGUCUGAGGAGAUCCAAUGCAAUACUACUGUUUCUGAUAAAAAUUGCACGCAGAAAGAGUAUAAAAAGGAAAGAAUGGAAUUAGUGGAUCUAGUGGACGUGAAGCUUGGUCACUAUUACGAACUUGUCGUCACGACUUUUACAGGCCUAUACAGAUACAGAGUUGGAGACGUUCUCAUGGUUACUGGUUUCCACAACAAAGCUCCUCAGUUCCGGUUUGUGCACCGUCGAAAUGUGGUUUUAAGCAUCGACACUGACAAAACAAAUGAAGACGACCUGUUGAAUGCAGUGACACAAGCAAAGUGCCUGCUUGAGCCGCUCGGCUUCCUCCUGACUGAGUACACUAGCUAUGCUGACACUUCAUCGAUCCCAGGUCAUUAUGUACUAUUUUGGGAGCUUAAAAUGAAAGGAAAUAAUGAUUUGCCAGAGCUUGAUGAGGCUAUAAUGGAACAAUGCUGCUCCAUAGUGGAAGAUUCACUGGAUUAUGUCUAUAGGAGAUGCAGGAAAAAGGAUAAUUCAAUUGGACCCUUAGAGAUAAGGGUGGUGAAGCAUGGGACAUUUGAUGCAUUGAUGGAUCUUUGUGUGUCUCAAGGGUCUUCUGUCAACCAAUACAAGACUCCCAGGUGCAUUAAAUCAGAGGAAGCCUUUAAUAUUUUGGAUGCAAGAGUUGUGGGAAGGUUUUUCAGCAAAAAUGUUCCUUUUUAGGAGCCAUUUAGGAUGUAAGUAAAACUAAAUAAAAUGAGAAUGACACGGUUGUCAGUGGUGACUUUUCAUUGUUUUUGCUAAAUUCUGGAGGUUAAUUUUCCGGCACUGAUGCCAGGAAUCCUUUCAGACUUGAUUUG